AUGUCUAGCGGGCUGUCUUUUGCUGAGUUGGAGGCAGCUGCCGGGGUUGUUAUUGAAAUCCUCAAAACCAUACCGGAAUUCUCAAACUCCCGAAUCGUUAUCAUCGGGGGCUUAGGUCUCUGGAGAUACAUUCGUAACUACCGCACAACUGAGUCAAAGACAAACUGCUUGCUUUGCCAUCAUCUCCAUUCCAACAAAAAGCUCAGCUUUUUUUACUACAAAGGCUCUAAUGGCAAAUUAAUUCAGAUAGAUAUUACUCCUGAUUGGCAGGUGAGACCGUUGGUAGCAUUAUUUGUUCAACAGUAUCGUUUUAAUGGUAACCUACAGUCACCCUAUGUCCCCUCUGCCGCGAUACCUAUAUCUACUGUUCGACCGAAUGCACUGCCAUAUAUCUCGGAGCUUGAUCUACUCAUCUUCAAGAUCAACAGCUGCGGAUUACGACCCACGCCGGGGAAAAAGUUGCGUGAUGCAACGGACGCCUCGGAACUUCUAGAAGAUCUUAGUACCAAGGGGCCUAUUGUGCUUUCGGUGUCUCAGAAGAAUGUUAUACUUCAAUGUUUGGAUGACGUGGCUCGAAUGUCUGGGAGAGAUAAAGCCUGGUGGAUUGCGAAGCUGGCUCUGAAUUAG